UCCCGCUCGGCGUUAGCAUGGGCACGGUGCUCUCCCUCUCCCCCGCCGCCUCUUCGGGCAAGGGCGGCGGCGGCGGGGGGCUGCUGGCCGACAAGGCACCGGGUAGGGUGCCGGGCAAAGGCGAGAGCCGGCUGAAGCGGCCCAGCGUGCUCAUCUCGGCGCUCACCUGGAAACGGUUGGUGGCUGCCUCGGCCAAGAAGAAGAAGAACACCAAGAAGGUGACGCCGAAGCCCGGUGGCGGGGCCCCACCGGGGGCCCCGGGCCAGCCCGACCCGUUGGUGGUGCAGCGCAACCGCGAGAACUUGCGCAAGUCGGUGGUGGGCCCGGCGGAAGGCGGCAAGCAAGGCCCGCUGGCCGUGCCGGUGCCCACCGUGCCCUCGGCGCCGCAGGAGCUGCACCCGGGCUCCGGAGGGGGCAAGCCGCCACCGCCGCCACCGGCCGGCAGCCGAGCCCCAGGGUCCCCGCGCCGCGUGGUGGUGCAGGCGUCCACCGGCGAGCUGCUGCGCUGCCUGGGGGACUUCGUGUGCCGCCGCUGCUACCGCCUGAAGGAGCUGAGCCCCGGCGAGCUCAUCUCCUGGUUCCGUAGCGUGGACCGCUCGCUGCUGCUGCAGGGCUGGCAGGACCAGGGCUUCAUCACCCCAGCCAACCUGGUGUUCGUCUAUCUUUUGUGCCGGGAAGCGCUGCGGGGAGAAGAUAUCGGAACCCAGGCUGAGCUGCAGGCCGCCUUCCUCACCUGCCUCUAUCUCGCCUACUCCUACAUGGGCAACGAGAUCUCCUACCCGCUCAAGCCCUUCCUGGUGGAAGGCGACAAGGGGCGCUUCUGGGAGCGCUGCCUGGGCAUCAUCCAGCGCCUCAGCGCCAAGAUGCUGCGAAUCAACGCGGACCCGCACUACUUCACGCAACUCUUCCAGGACCUCAAGAGCGAGGGCGAGGGCGGAGACGGGUCCAAGCACUGGACGAUCAGCCUGGAUCGCUAG